CGCGUCAAGCGCAACUCGCAAUAAAAUUGACUAUUAAAACUUCAAUAAAAAGACCUUAAGACGCAAUAACACUUGAGAAGGAAAGGAAUAUCUCUUUUAGUUCUACACUUUUUUGUUUAGUAUUUCAACUCGUUCACUCGGAACAAAGGACUCCCGCCUAACUUAUCAAAGGAAGCGCUCCGAUUUCAAGCUACUUUUCCCUGUCCCGCGGUCCACGCUUUAUGUAUCUGGAUUUACUGUUUCAUUCGCGCCGUCCUACUAUGGUCAUAAUGGAGGUCCCGACCAUCGACUGUGCGUCCCUCCACGGCUUUCUGGAGGACGACGUGCCGAGCUGCCUUGUGCUCGACUGCCGCUCUUUCCUGUCGUUCAACUCUUCCCACAUCGCGGGCUCCAGUAAUGUCCGCUUCAGUACUAUCGUACGGAGGAGGGCGAGGGGAGGCCUGGGACUCGAACACAUUGUACCAAACGAGGAUACGAGAUGUCGGCUUCUGUCCGGAGACUACCAGUCUGUAGUGCUGCUGGACGACAGGAGUAUGGACUUAAGUCAGGCCAAGAAAGACGGGACUCUGAUGGUUGCUGUUACAGCUCUAUGCCGCGACCCUUGUGGAGUCCGUGUUUUUAUUCUGAAAGGUGGAUUUGAUGCCUUUUCCACGGAAUAUCCAGAGAUGUGCACUAAACCCACCCCUCCGCAGGGGCUCAGUCUACCCCUCAGCUCCAGCCACCCAGAGAGUGCAGGACCAGGCUGUAGUCCAUGCAAUACCCCCCUAUAUGACCAGGGUGGUCCUGUGGAGAUCCUGCCCUUCUUGUACCUUGGCAGUGCCUACCACGCUUCCAGAAAGGACAUGCUAGAUAUGCUGGGCAUCACUGCCCUUAUCAAUGUUUCGGCCAACUGCCCAAACCACUUUGAAGACUCCUAUCAGUACAAAAGCAUCCCUGUGGAGGACAACCACAAAGCUGAUAUCAGCUCCUGGUUCAACGAGGCCAUAGAGUUUAUCGACUCCAUUAGAAAUAAGGGAGGACGUGUCUUUGUCCACUGUCAGGCUGGCAUUUCCCGCUCUGCUACCAUCUGUCUGGCCUACCUGAUGCGCACAAACCGUGUGAAGCUGGACGAGGCCUUUGAAUUUGUCAAACAGCGGCGCAGCAUCAUCUCCCCAAACUUCAGCUUCAUGGGUCAGCUGCUUCAAUUUGAGUCCCAGGUCCUGGCUACCUCCAGCUGCUCCACAGAGGCGGGCAGCCCGGCCCUUGGCAACACCAGCACCGUCUUCAACUUCCCUGUGUCCAUCCCCGUUCACUCGUCAGCAGGACAGCGAUCCUUCCUCCACAGCCCCAUUACCACCUCACCCAGCUGCUGAGACAGACUAUGAGAAUGAACUAACAAAUGAGCUGCUCUGAAAUACACUUUAGAUAAUACUGGUUAUCUAUCACUAAACUGUUUGGGAGUAGUUCAUCUGACUGGCCAAGUCUUUUGGCUAUACAUAUUUCAAUGGGAGAUUUGAUGUCUACCAUCAGGCAGUAUUUUAGUUGAACCCGCUGUAAGAAUGUGAGCAAUACUUCACAGUUUAAACAACAAGGGCUGAAAGUUACUCAGUUUGCCUUUGCCUUUAGAUAAUCAUUUCUAAUCAUUUCUUCUACAAAUGUGUCUCAGGAAUAUUUGUUUUUCUUGGUCAAAUCUUUCGUCCUUGUGGUAAAAGUAGCACACAAAUCUUUUGCACAGCUUGGACAGUUGAAGUAACAUUUUGACAAACAAUGAAUGUAUCCCCAUUUUUGUUAUUGUUGACGUGGCACUUGAAUAUAAGGUCAAUGAUCUCCCAUUACUGACACAUGCCUUUGACACCUUGUACCCUAGCCAAGCUAAAACUGACAUGUUGAGGAAAACUGACCAAUGAAUACCUCAUGUUUGUACUGUGUACUGCAGCACUGACUCAGAAGAACCCCAAAGAGACUAAAUGGGGUUGAGUGGUCAGAAGUGACUGCAAACUGACAUAUUUAUUUAAGUAAAGUAAUAUAUUUCUUUAUCUAUUUUUGCAUAUGUUUGCUAAAUGUUGUUUUUUAUACUGUUAAAUAAAUCAUUGAACUUUUGUACUGAAAAA